AUGGCGGCCGCCAACGGGGAUGUCCCAUCCCUGUGGGACGAAUCGAGGCAGCUCGGCCAGCUGUUUAUGAUGGGCUUUGAGGGCACCACCAUCACCGAUCAAGUCAAGACCUUGAUUGAGAAGUACCAUGUAGGCUCAAUACUACUCAAGGCUCAGAACCUCAAAUCGGCCGAGCAAACCACUCAGCUUGUGCUUGACCUCCAGACUUUAGCCCAGCAAGCCGGCCAUCCUGUUCCACUCCUCAUCGCAUUGGAUCAAGAAAAUGGCGGAGUCAACAGCCUAUACGAUGAAGUCAACAUCCGUCAAUUUCCCAGCGCAAUGGCCGUCGCCGCCACUGGAUCCAAGAGAUUGGCCAGGGACAUAGCCAGAGCGACGGCACAGGAGCUGAAUUCUUGCGGCAUCAACUGGAUCUUGGGUCCUGUGCUUGAUGUUCUCACUAAUGCCAGAAACCAGCCUCUUGGGGUGCGGUCAAUAGGUGACGAUCCACAUGAAGUAUCAGCUUUUGGGGUUGAGUCGAUAAAGGGCUACCAGGAAGGGGGAGUCGCUACCUGUGGCAAACACUUUCCUUCUUAUGGCAACCUCGAAUUCUUUGGUGUGCCAGAUGAUGUGCCUACCAUUACGGAUUCGCUCGAGCACUUGAGCCAAAGCGCACUGGUUCCGUUCCGUGCCGCAAUUGCUCAGGGUAUCGACUCGAUGAUGGUUGGAGGAGUUGCCAUGGCGUCCUCUCAGGUCAAUGUAAUGCAUGCUUGUCUCUCGGAGCAGCUCGUCCGAGAUCUCUUGCGUCAUGAGAUGCAAUUCGAAGGGGUUGUUGUCUCGGAGUGCCUGGAAAUGGAAGCUCUUAGUCGCAAUAUCGGGAUCAGUGGCGGCACCGUCAUGGCUUUUAAAGCCGGCUGUGAUCUGAUAUUGACGUGCAGGACAUUGUCCGUCCAAGAAGACGCCAUCAACGGUCUCAAAGCGGGCUUGGAUAAUGGAAUGAUUGAACGCUAUCGAGUGCAAGAGUCUCUGCGCAGGAUUCUCAAGAUGAAAGCGAAGUACACAUCUUGGGAAAAGGCAUUUUCCCCCGCUGGGAUCGAGAAUCUUGCGCGAUUGCAACCUCUCCAUACAAGCAUUUCUAAUACUGCAUACAACAAAUCGAUCACCGUCGUCCGAGACGAGAAUCAUUACUUACCAUUAUCUAGAGUUCUUCAGCCCGAAGACGAGCUUCUCCUGCUGACUCCUCUUGUCAAACCUUUGCCCGCCUCGGCUCUGUUCCACCAGAUGCAAAGCGAGAUGUCAUCGGUGCCGACUUUUGGAAGGAGUCCGAGUGUCGACACGAACACCUCAGUCAUGAGCGGCGAACAGGUCUUUCGAGAGCUUGGAAGGUCUUUAGCCAGAUAUCGGAACGGCAAGCUUUCUCAUACUUCAUACACCGCGAACGGCGUGAGACCGUUGCAUGAGAACUUGCUGAACCGAGCACGUGGCGUGGUGGUGGUAACGGCCGAUGCCGGCCGCAAUAAGUAUCAAAAUGCCUUUGCGAAACAUGUCUCUAUGCUGUGCAAGCUGGCUGUUGGAAGAGAUGGGUCGCGCAAAGAGAAGCCAUGCGUUGUGGUUGCCGUCAGCUCUCCGUUUGAUUUCGCGUCGGACACAACGAUCGGCACGUACGUAUGCACGUACGACUUCACCGAGACUGCCUUGAGAGCCCUGGUGCAGGUACUGUACGGCGAGCUCAGCCCUGCAGGAGUGCUUCCAGGAUCGUACAGUCAAAAGCCUCCGACCAGUCAUUCUCGGCAGCAGUGGCUGGUGGAGAGUUUCAAUGAGGAACGUGACUCCGCGGCACUGGACACGUUGCUUGUUCUGGCUCAAAAUGAGCCAUCAGUCAAUGCCAGUGCGCUGAAAAAUGCCACCACCAGCACUUUUCUGCUCCACGACCCAGAUGUGGAACAGGCUCAUUUCGUGGUCAGAAACAGCAGCACGAAAGAGUUGUUUGGGUUUUGCACAACGUACUAUCUCAAAAAGACCGCCGUCGGUCAUAUUGGAGCGAUCAUCGUCGACCCUGCACGCCGAAAAAUGUCGAUAGGUCAUUCCUUGCAUGAUCGUGCUGUGCGUGCAUUGCUCCAGAAGAAAGGCAUCACCAAAUUCCAACUUGGUGUAAGAUUUCCCAACGUGUACUUGGGCAUCCCCCGGUCAGAUCCUGUCGAAUACAAAAGACUCCGUCAAUGGUUUGCCAAAUUGGGCUGGAAUACAUCGCUGUCCAAUCCUGUCGCGAUCAUGGCAUUGCAAGAUCUAGCAACGUGGUCAGCCCCUGAAGGACUUGGACAGGCAUUGGCCAAUCCCGAGGUCAAAUAUGACCUUGUGUUCGGCGCAGAGUACGCCGACGCCAUGAUGGAACACCUGACCAGGUGUGCACGUAGCGAUGUGCAAAGCAUCUAUCAAUUGGCGUUGAGCAACAAAGAAGGCGCCGGUAUCAUUCGGGCUAAACGAGCCUCAGAUCAUUCUAUUUUGGGGAGUAUUUUAAUCUGCCGGUCGGAAUCCAAGAUCGCUCGAUUCAUCCCGUCUCUGUACAAACAAGCCGGCAUGGCUUGCAUAUCUUCACCUGUGAUUUCGACCAUGUUUAGCGACCGGAUUUCCAUUUUCCAGGGGCUUAUGUUAUUGGGACUGCGUCAGCUCAAAAAGCAAGGGUUACGGACCGUCCUGCUGGAUUAUAUACGUGAAGAUGCCACCGCCAACAGUUUGGCAGCUCUAGGUUUCACCGCCGCCAACAGCUUUGAGGAAGUCUCGAGCGAUCCCGUACAUUGGACAAUGAUGUCGGGAACUUGA